AUGUUUUCAUUUUCAUCAAUAUCUCUCAUUUGCUGUAUUCUAUUCACAUGGAAUCAAGUCACCAAUGGUAUCGCAUGCUACGUCUGUACCAAUUGUAACGACCCAUUCAAUCCGACCUAUGUUGGUGUAUCAUAUCAAAAUGAUACGAAUUAUUAUUGCCGGAAAAUGGUGGUGGCAAACAACAUCGCACGGGAUAUGAUAACUUCUUGUACAUCAUCAAGUACAGCUGGUACUUCACAGUGGUGUUGUCAAACUAAUCUGUGUAAUAGUGCUCAAAAGAAUACCUUGGGUUUUCUACUUGCGAUCUCAGUGCUCAAGGUCUUCUUUUAG